UAAAUUUUAUCAAGAUCAGAUAACUUCUGGCCAAGCUGCGCUUUAGCAAUGGGAUCUCCUAUCUGCAUAUCUUACCCUUAUCAAUCCGUUAACCAGGCAAGGCGAUGACGGCUAUAAUCUCUCACGGGAACGUCAAUUUCCAUCUCUUUUAUGUAUCAGAGCUCUCAUCUCAUGGCGGAGGACAACUCAAUGAAGGAGCUCGACAAAACCAUGAAGAGAAGAAUCGCAAACCUCAACAAUCACUUCCUCCCCGUAACUUAUUCUUUUUCCGCAAGCCGUUCGAUUAGCUCCUCGCCUGCGUCUGCGGAGGACAGCUACCGGCGCAUCCACGGUGAGGUCUCCGCCGAAGCAGCGGUAUGGAGACCCGCACUAGAUGAGUCGGGGAAGUUCACUGACAUUCUAUACGAGAAAGCCGUGGGAGAGGGAAUCGCGAAGAUCACGAUUAAUCGUCCAGAGAGAAGAAACGCUUUCCGGCCGCAUACAAUUAAAGAACUUGCUAGCGCAUUCAAUGAUGCGAGAGAUGAUAGCUCCAUAGGAGUUAUCAUUUUAACAGGGAAGGGAACCAAGGCUUUCUGUAGCGGUGGUGACCAGGCUUUGAGGACCUCUGAUGGAUAUACUGAUUUUGAAAAUUUUGGUCGGCUUAAUGUUUUGGAUCUGCAGGUACAAAUCCGACGUCUCCCUAAGCCAGUGAUAGCUAUGGUCGCAGGUUAUGCUGUUGGUGGUGGAAAUGUAUUGCAUAUGGUUUGUGAUUUAACAAUCGCAGCUGAAAAUGCCAUUUUUGGUCAGACUGGACCCAAGGUGGGGAGUUUUGAUGCAGGCUAUGGGUCUUCUAUCAUGUCUCGCUUGGUAGGGCCUAAGAAAGCAAAAGAGAUGUGGUUCUUGUCACGCUUUUACAAUGCUUUUGAAGCAGAAAAGAUGGGACUUAUCAAUGCUGUAGUUCAGCUUGAAAAUCUGGAGCUGGAGACAGUGAAAUGGUGCAGGGAAAUCCUAAGAAACAGCCCAACCAGCAUAAGAGUUCUGAAAUCUGCUAUUAAUGCAGUAGAUGAUGGUCAUGCUGGUCUUCAGGUAAUUUCUGUAACAUUUAAUUUCGGAUGUCUAAUGUUUGAUUCCAUGUCUGCUCUAAAGUCUUGCUCCUCUGCAUGAUGCCACUUUUGCAGG